AUACAUGUUGUGUCUCUUCCUUUUCAUUGUUAUUUAUUUUGUUUUAAAAGACCCACAGGCCACAAAACGACAUCUCCCUGCUAGCUGCUGCAUCUUUUCAUUAUUUUAGUUUUUUUACUUAACUUAAUAUUACAACCCUCAAAGUCAAAACGAGAACACUGCAAAUUCCCGAUUCAUUUUCGGGAAACAGAGGUCUUCCUCCCCUGGCAGUGCUUUCCCCCAAAAUACUCCCGCCUCAUCCCUUUUCAUCUCCGUCAACUCGUCGGGAGUCAAAAAUCAACUCUUCGGCCAACGCCCUCUCAUCUUCGUGACUACGUUCGUGCUUCUCCGGCGAUCAUAGUCACCCUUUUCGUUGCCGUCGCCGUCGGGAUUCAAGACUCAGCUUCAUCGAAUCAUCGUGCCUUUGCCCAAUCGCCAUCUCAUCUCCGUCCGUGCUCCUCCGGAUAGCACAAAGUCGCCCAUUCAUUCCUAUAGCGAGUACAUUGCUACUCCCUCUAGCAGUCUAGUUUAUGCUGCUCCAAUUGCUGUUUUCACUUCCCUGUUUUCGGUAGGGUUAUGGAACUGAUUGGGUAUUCGAUGUGGAAUUGAUUUUUCAGUUUGGGAAUUGAAGUAGGAUUGAUUAAUUUAGUGGUUGCUAAACUGAAAUUGGAGUGUGAAAAUUGCCAUAUAAGAUUGGCUCAAUUCUCAAACACCUACAGUAAACUAGGGGCAUGGAGCAAUAGGUAUGUGUAUGCAGUAUACUGUCAAAUUAGAAUAGAUACUUUGAACUUGGAUUACAAAAUGUGUUCAUGUAUUAUUGGUUCUCGAUUGAUAAUGUUAAUGACCUUAAUUUUCUGUUUUGUUCUUGUUAGCUACCAUGAAGAGAAAACAAAAGAAGCUGGAUGCAUUUUUUCCAAGAAAUGUUUUGCCAUGCACUGGUAAUCAUUUAGAAGAGGAAGUACAAGUAGUUCCUAGAGCUUUGAACUUGGGCAUUGAUGAGCUCUCUAAUGUUGUGGUGAAUGAGGAUUCUCUCAUUAGUCCGAGAGUGACUAAUCCAUCCUUCGCCUUAAUCGAACGAGAUCCUGGACUGCGUAAGCUAGUGUGGACAUUUCCACCCAAUAAACGUGAUGAGAUAAGGCGAGCUUACUUGAGUUAUGGCCCCCUACAAGUUAAGCUUCCUAACUUUCCUAGAACUGGUGAUCCUGAUCAUCCUCGCGGCUUCCAAGUUGCAUGGUAUUCUGAAUUUCCUUGGGUUGAAUACUCGGAAUCAAAGGAUGCUGCAUAUUGUCUUCCGUGCUAUUUGUUUGCUGAAAAGCCUAUUGCUGAAUCUGGUUGGGACACAUUUGUUAAUGAAGGAUUUUGAAAUUGGAAAAAGGUUAAAAGUGGAAAAGGUUGUUCAUUCCGAAAGCAUAUGGGAGAAAGCUCAAAUUCUCAUCACAAUGUUGCAGUAAGGAAGCGCGAUGCAUUACUACACCAACCUCAACACAUUGACAAAGUGAUUAAGAAGCAAACUUCCGAGGAAGUAAAGAAGAAUAGGAUUCGAGUGAAAGCCUCAAUUGAUAGUGCUCGUUGGCUAGCACUUCAAGGAGCCGCCUUUAGAGCUCAUGAUGAGACCCUUCAUUCUAAGAAUCGUGGCAACUUCAUUGAGCUUAUUGAUCGCUUCUCUUACUACAAUGAUGAAGUCAAAAGUACUGUGUUGGGUAAUGCUCCGAAGAAUGCGAAGUAUACAUCAUCCGAUAUUCAGAAGCAAAUUCUUCAUGUGCUAGCUAAGAAGGUACGCAACAAAAUAUUUGAAGAAAUAGGAGAUUCUAAAUUCUCCAUUAUUGUGGAUGAGGCUUGUGAUGAGAGUAAACAUGAACAAAUGGCUAUCAUUCUUCUCUUUGUUGAUUCUCAAGGGCUUAUCCAGGAGAGAUUCUUUGAUGUUGUCCAUAAUCUACGUGGGCAGGAUUAUGAUGGUGCUAGUAAUAUGUGCGGUGAAUGGAAUGGUUUGAAAGCAUUGUUUCUGAAAGAUCAUCCUCAAGCUUAUUAUGUGCAUUGUAUGGCUCAUCGUCUUCAAUUAGCACUGGUUGCAGCAUCUAAAGAUGUGACAGCCGUGCACGAGUUUUUCAUUGACUUGACACAUAUUGUAAAUGCUGUUAAUGCUUAUUCUAAGAGGCAUGAUCAAUUGGAAGUUGUUGAAGCAGCUAGGAUUGCUCAAUUAGUAGCAGGGGAAGAGAUUGCCACAUGAACCGGUGUUAAUCAAAUGAGUACUUUACA